AUGACAAGCGUCGCACCCUCACGGCUGGCUGCGCUUACGCAGCUGCGCUGCAAAAUCUUCCAAACCGCCUAUAACCCCACCUGCAUCCGCACAGGCGCGAAGUACCUUCGCGCCCACCUCCGUGGCCCCGCUAUGGUCCAGUACUACCCCGACGAAUUCACGGUGGCAAAGUUUAACCGCAUGAAGCCCGAGCUCAAGAUCCCAGACUUUGAGGAGAUUCAGCGGCUGGAGGACGUUGCGGAGCGGAAAGCGAGAGGGAAGGGGCCGCCGAAGAAGGCCAAGUCGGCAGCGGACAGUCGUCGGUUGGCGAGGAAGCGGUAG